GUGAGCUACAAGCUUUUCCGACUGUCUCUGCUCCUGAAAGCGUUAGACGACAACAACAGUUCCUCAAGGUGCACAGACAUGAUACGUGAGAUCCGACGCACACGUACAAUUGCAUAUUCGGCCACUUUUACAUCACCGCUUGCAACAGCGCUGCUAUAUAGUAAACGGUACUCGCGUCGUUCGACCUUAGUCUUUUUUCACUAAGCUGAAUCUCUCGUUCUCGUUUGCCCUUCGCAGUCACCUUCGUGCGUUGCUCACAUUACGACCAUGAACGGCCACUGGGAUAUUGACAUUGAACGACCCAAAUUCUGGUCAUCCAAAGAAGGACGCGUAUAUGAUGGUGCGCAAACAGCCUUGCAUCCCAUAUCUGCCAAGACCCUUCUCGGCAAAUAUUACUUUGUCUGGGAAGGCGAUCAGCUCUACGAGGAGUUGAACCCCGACAAAUAUGACGGCUGGCUCACGCUGACUUGUGAAGGGGACUCUAAGCUGGGCGCUCUUGAUAACAUCCAUGGCUCUGGGUCCUUCGGCUGUAUUUUUGGCCACUUCAAGGGGCUCUCCAUAAGGCACCAUAUCACAAAGGACAAGAAUAGCGUUGAAAUUCCGAACUCUUGGGCUCUUCUCAAGUCAACGCUAUACGAAGACUUCGACGAAGAAUCGGAUGCCGACGAUUCGGAUACUGGCAUGCAUGAAAUUACUGCCCUCGAAGUUCAGGACGAUAAUGGUCAUCCGUUCAUAGAGUUCGUUUAUGAAGCGGGUUGGUCAGGUUGCUGCCCCCAAUACUUGACCUAUAUCGGGAAAAUGCAAGUGGACGAGGGUCGUCGCGAAGGGUUGAGUGAGGCAGAAAGGAGUAGGCUGGGCAUGAACAUUGAAACUAAGGAAGUGGAGAGGACGAUGAAGGAGAAAGAUAUUCUCGUCCAAUCUCAACCCAGUGGUUCAUCCAUCGCAGGUGCAAUGAAACGCAAAGUCGAAGAGCAGGAGGACGGAGAGGAGCCUGACGGGAAACAAAGACCUUCGGUUAAGCCAAAGCUCGAACAUGCUUGACCAUCUCGACGCUCAUUUGCCGUACGCUUGGAACAUGUCAAUAUAGCUGACUACCAGUAAUAAUACAUCGACGUUUGUAAUGGGGUUUUGUUUCUUGGAUUUGAUAUGAUUCGUGUAUGCAAUCACCUGCGUUCGGAUUCA